GCGCCUGGGCGCGCUGCUGGACUGAGGUAAGAUGGCGGUGACCGGCUGGUUGGAGAGUGUGCGGGCUGCGGAGAAGACGGCGCUGCUGCAGGACGGGAGAAGGAAGGUGCACUACUUGUUCCCAGAUGGAAAGGAAAUGGCUGAGGAAUAUGAUGAGAUGACGAGUGAGCUCCUAGUGAGAAAAUGGCGGGUGAAGAGUGCCCUCGGGGCUUUGGGUCCGUGGCAGCUCGAAGUGGGAGAGCCAGCACCCUCAGGAGCAGGGAGCCUGGGGCCUGAACUCAUCAAGGAAAACAAUGCCAAUAACAGCCCUGGACUGAACUUGGUUGGCCUUCUACAGCCCAUCUUCCUGCGCAAGGACACCAAGAUGAGUUUCCAGUGGCGGAUUCGGAACCUCCCCUACCCUAAGGAUGUCUACAGAGUCUGUGUGGACCCGAAGGAACGCUGCAUCAUUGUCAGAACAACCAACAAAAAGUACUACAAGAAGUUCUCCAUUCCUGACCUUGACAGACACCAGCUCCCCCUGGAUGAGGCCUCUCUGAGCGUUGCUCAUGCCAACUGUACCCUGAUCAUCUCCUAUCAGAAGCCAAAGGAGGUUGUGGCAGCUGAGUCAGAGCUACAGAAGGAGCUCAAGAAGGUAAAGACGGCCCACGGCAGUGAUGGGGACUGCAAGACCCAGUAGCAGCCAGGGCUUUGACCCUGCAGCAUGGAGGGAAGCAUUGAGGCUUGGGUCUCUCCAGCAGGGGGCAGCCUCCUCUCUUCUAGGAGCUCCCCAGGGUCCAUAGGAAGCUGGGCAGUGCAGCCUUCCAAGGUCUGUGUCGUGCCUGGACGUACUUCCUGAGUAAAGUCAUUGUGAGUUU